CUUUCGCUUAUCAUUUAUAUAAUUCGACACUCAUUUGAGAGGUUGAGGAUAGCCAGCAGCGGAGUAUGUUGUGAUUACACCGAGGACAUGUCCAUGGCCUUGUUUUCUCCUUCUCCCUCUCAUCUUCCGACCCUCCCUGCCAAACUUUCAUCAAGAACCCAUUUUGCUCAGAAGCCUUCUCUCUCUUUCAUCUCCAAGAGAAGUCUGUGUCUGUUGGCUGCUAAGGCAUCGGAUAAUGAAACUGGAGUGGUAAGUUCAGUUGCUACCAUUGUAGAGGAGGAGAAAGUAGAGAAGGAGGAAGUUUCCCCUGCUAAGACUGAGCAAAAGUUGGAAAAAGAGGAGGACUCUAUUGGGUCGAAUGGAGCAGCCUCGUCGGUGUUGAAGCCUGUUCCCGGAUUCCAAGACCCCAGAUGGGUCGCAGGGACUUGGGAUUUGAAGCAGUUUAAAAAAGAUGGGCAGACCAACUGGGAUGCAGUUAUUGAUGCAGAGGUCAGGAGGAGGAAGUGGCUUGAAAACAACCCAGAACCAUCCACUAAUGAUGACCCUGUAAUCUUUGACACCUCAAUUAUUCCCUGGUGGGCAUGGAUGAAAAGGUUCCACCUUCCUGAAGCUGAACUACUUAAUGGCCGUGCUGCAAUGAUAGGGUUCUUCAUGGCUUAUUUUGUAGAUAGCUUGACUGGAGUAGGUCUUGUUGACCAAAUGGGGAACUUUUUCUGCAAAACUCUCUUAUUUAUAGCUGUAUCUGGAGUUCUUCUUAUCAGAAAGAACGAGGAUUUAGAGACUCUUAAAAAACUUGUGAAAGAAACAACGUUCUAUGACAAGCAGUGGCAAGCAACCUGGCAGGAUGAGACUGCUAAUGGUUCCAAGAAAGACUGAAUAGGCUUUCAGUGUGUCAAUCCAUCUUGUUGUUAACUUCUCAUGGUCAUAUUUUUGGGACACUGUAAUAUCUUUUAGUGUUAUUAAGAGGGUAAUGAUGAUUCAAUCCUGAGAUUAGGUUUUUGCUUCUUCCA